AUGUGGCUUCUUUGCUCCUGCCUGGCUCUGCUGGCCAUCAGCUUCAGAUCAUGUGAAACGCUUCCAUCAGAUCAAGAUGUACAGUGCCCAGCCUUACAAGUUGAAGAAUGGAAAUUUCCUCAUUCACCAAGGGAAAAUAUAACAGGUUUUAAUUUGGUGAGGCGGUUCUCCCUUCUCAAGAAUACAGACAUCAAAAAGAUCCGCAAUCCACGAGGACCCAUCAUCCUCCGCUUGGGCAAGACUCCCCUCGUUCGCCCCACUGAUCAGGUUUUUCCUAAUGGGCUUCCUGAAGAGUUCACUCUAAUCUUCACCCUGGCAUUAAAGAAGUCUGCCCUGAGGGACACCACCUACCUUCUACAGAUAUCUGAUGAGCAAGGAUACCCGCAGCUUUCCGUAGACCUCAAUGGCCCAGAUGGCACCCUGUCGUUGAGAGCCAGACGGGCUGCAAUCACAGAUGACCUGGUGAGCUGUGUCUUCGCUAAUGAGGGUGUGGAAUCUCUGCUGGAUUUACGCUGGCACAAGGUGGCCCUCAGUGUGCAAAGGGAUUCUGCUUCCCUCCUCGUGGACUGCAGCCACACCGAGACACAGCCCAUAGAGCACCGUGGAAAACUGCACCCUGAUGGGCAUACUCUAAUGGGUAUUCGAGCUGCGGAUGCUGGGCCUGUGCAGAUGGACAUUCAGCAGGUGGUGCUCUAUUGCAAUCCAGCCCUUGCCAGCCAGGAGACCUGUUGUGAGAUACCUGGAGCUCGAUGCCCACCGGAUGCCUCCAAGAGCCGACGGGCCGCGGAGAAUGACUUGGAUAACACUUUUAGCCAGGAAAUCAUCUCAUCCAAAGAUCUAGCAGAACAAGUCCUAAAUCUUGCUCGGAUUUCUGGGAUCAAAGGGGAAAAAGGCAACAGGUGUUCGGAGGGAACCAAGGGCCAGAAAGGAGAGAAAGGCGAGAUGAUGCUGCCUGCCAACUGGGGUGAAGCAGCUGAAUUCAAGGGUCUCAAAGGUCAAAAGGGAGACAUUGGUCCACAGGGUCUCACAGGCACUCCAGGAAAGGAUGGUCGAGCAGGCUCCAUCUGUGUUGUCGGCCCCAAGGGACAGAAGGGCGCCUCAGGAUCAGUGGGUCCUGAAGGCUUGGCUGGGGAGCCGGGAAUGCCUGGACCUCCAGGCCUACCCGGAGUUGGAAAGCCAGGUCCAGCAGGCCCUCCUGGUCCACCCGGUGGUGCAAAAGGAGACAUGGGUAAACCAGGUGUUGAAGGGGCUGAUGGAUUACCUGGUGAUCGGGGGCCAAGAGGACCAGCAGGUCAUAAAGGAGAAAAGGGAGACCCAUGUGAAGUAUGCCCUACACUGCCAGUAGAUAUUGGCAACACGGUGGCUUUGCCAGGUAGGAGGGGUCCAAAAGGAGAGCCCGGAUUACCAGGAAUUGGAGAGAGAGGACCACCUGGACUUCAAGGUGCGGAUGGAAAGGGUGGGCAGAAGGGAGAAGCAGGAUCAGAUGGUGUUAAAGGAGAAAAGGGCGAGCCAUGCACUAUGUGCCCCACUUUCGGUGAGUUACCCCAAAACCUGGUCCCUGGUGUUGGCAGUCAAACUCUUCAAAUAAAGGGACAAAAAGGAGAACCAGGAAUUGGAAUUCGAGGAGAACAAGGAGAUGCUGGAAAUGUAGGACCACCUGGCCCAAGAGGAGAGACAGGUAAUACAGGUAGAAGAGGAGCUGAUGGUAAACCGGGAGAAAUUGGACUGCCUGGUCUUAGUCUUCCUGGCCAGAAAGGGGAGCCGGGGGAGUGUGGUGUGUGCCAGCCAUACGAGGUUGGCAGCGGACCUGCUAGCAUCAAGUUACCUGAGGGAACACGAGGCAACCCCGGUGAACCAGGCCCUCCGGGCAUUCCUGGACUUCCUGGGGUUGGGGCAGAUGGCAAACAGGGCCCCCCGGGUGCUGCUGGAGAAAAAGGUGAUAAGGGUGACCAAGGUGACAAAGGAGAUACUGGAUUCAAUGGUGCUCCAGGAGUCCCAGGACUGCCUGGAGAGCCCGGACGUGAUGGACGGAUUGGCUUAAAGGGAGAGAAGGGUGACGCUUGUACCAGCUGUUCAUCUCUGGGCACUGGAACGGGUGAUGGUGUUGCUGUCCCUGGGCCAAAAGGAGAGAGAGGAGAACCUGGCCCCCCGGGAGAGGGGAAGACAGGCAAAAAUGGUAAACCAGGCUUACCAGGGAUACAAGGGCCUCCUGGUCUGAAAGGAAGCAAGGGAGAACCUGGGCUUGCAGGAGUUGGCCUACCAGGUGAACAGGGUAUCGAGGGACCGAUGGGACUUCCAGGUGCUAUUGGACUUCCUGGAUCCAAAGGAACGCCUGGCCCUGCAGGAUCUGCUGGAGAAAAGGGCCUCAGAGGAGAUGUUGGACCUCCAGGCCCUCAAGGACCAAUGGGCAUUGGUGUAACUGGACCACCAGGAAGAGAUGGCAUCCCAGGCUCCCGUGGCGUUCAAGGAGCUGAUGGCAGACCUGGAGCUCCCGGGGCUGUCAUAGGCAUGUGGCAUCCAGGUCCUCAGGGACCUCCUGGACCACCAGGGCCACCGGGCCCACCUGGGCCUCAUGGUCUCAAUGGAGCGCAAGGACCUCAAGGUAUCCCUGGAAACGAUGGUAUACCAGGAAAACCGGGUUUGCCUGGAUACGUUAAAGCUUGUGUUGGGGAAUGCUCCCAAGGGAUGCCAGGUGUGCCAGGUAUGGCUGGUGCCAAAGGAGAAAAGGGAGAUCAGGGCAAGCCAGGCGUAACCCCCUUGGAUAACUGUGACAGUUGUUUGGAGAAACUACAGGCAACAGAACCACGAGAUCCUUGCACCUGUACGGGAUCACCUGGAAUUCCAGGAGUGCCUGGGUCGCAGGGAAUACGCGGAGAACCUGGCAUGCCAGGAGACAGAGGACACGCCGGACUUCCUGGAAACAUGGGCCCUCCAGGUUUCCCAGGUCCUCCAGGUCCAUCUGGCUCACCUGGUCAACAAGGUGAACAAGGGUCAGCUGGAUUAGCUGGAAUCAAGGGUGAACAGGGCUCUCCAGGGACACCAGGCUAUCCUGGUACUAUGGGGCCUCCUGGAAUGCCGGGAUUGAAGGGUGAACGCGGGAGCCCAGGAACGAGUGGCGAGAAAGGAGAAACGGGUCCUUCUGGUCUCCCAGGCUACCAAGGACAGGCGGGCGCACCAGGAGUUAAAGGUGACACAGGACCAGCAGGACCUGUUGGGCCAAAAGGAGAACAGGGCUUUCAAGGACAACCUGGAUUCCCUGGAACCCCGGGCCCACCUGGCCUUGCAGGCAAAUCUGGAAGGGAAGGACCCCCAGGACUGAAAGGCGAAAAAGGUAAUGAUGGUGCCCAAGGUUCUCAAGGACCAACUGGACCGCCUGGCUCAACAGGCUCCCCAGGGCUGAUGGGACCCCCUGGCAUUGAGGGAGUUGAUGGAAAAGAUGGAAAACAGGGUCUCCGGGGAGAGCUCGGCCCACCGGGACCAGCUGGCCCGAGAGGAAUCCCAGGAUUUAAAGGAAAAACUGGCCACACUGGCUUUCCAGGACCAAAGGGAGACAUCGGGCCUUCAGGCCCGCCUGGACCACCUGGGAGGCCAGGACAUGAGGGUGAUCCCGGAACACCAGGGGCUCAGGGACGACCAGGACCAUCUGGCCAUAUUGGGUCACCAGGUCCAGCAGGACCCCCAGGACCUCCUGGUCCAUCAGGAUUGGGUAUAAAGGGAGAUAAAGGUCAGAAUGGAGAGAGAGGUCUCCCAGGAAUGCCAGGACUCCCGGGUCCACCUGGUCACAAUGGAUUAAUGGGAGAACCAGGCAAUGAUGGUGCUGCUGGUAAAGAUGGUUUGGCAGGUGUUCCGGGUGAGAACGGAAAGCCAGGUCAAAAGGGUGAGCCUGGGGCCACUGGCGAAAGAGGUUCCCCAGGGGAGAGAGGAAGACCAGGGCCCCCUGGUGGAGGUUUGGGAUAUCACUCCAAGGAUGCACAACCGAUGAUUGGUCCAGUCGGGCCCAGAGGGGAGAGAGGAAGCCCUGGCUCAGCCGGCUCCCCUGGACCACCUGGAUCUCCAGGAAUGCCAGGACAUGAUGCCGUAGUCAAUUAUGAUGAAAUCAAGAACUUCAUUCGUCAGCAAGUCAUCAAAAUUUUUGAUGAGAGAAUGGCCUAUUACAUGUCUCGAAUGCAAAGUCCUGUGGAAAUGGUGUCAUCUCCGGGUCGGCCUGGGCCCCCAGGGAAGGACGGCAUUCCUGGUAAUCCGGGAGCCCCUGGAGCACCGGGUAUCCCAGGACAAAUUGGUCGGUUGGGUCGGCCCGGAGCCCCUGGCCCAGUUGGACCACGAGGGCCUGCUGGUGCAAAGGGAGAUAAAGGUGUCGGCGAGGUGGGAGAUGUAGGACCACCAGGAGCACCAGGUGUCCCAGGUUCCCCAGGCUAUGGUAAAAUGGGACCCCCAGGUGCUGUUGGACAGCAGGGAGUUCCUGGAAUCCCAGGUCCACCCGGGCCAGCUGGUUCUAAGGGAAUUGAUGGCCGGUGUAACCCAUCGGACUGCAUGAGCCAUCAAGUAGAAUAUAGCCCCAAGGGCCCCUCUGUCAAGGGUCCUUGGCAAUGA